CCAACUUAUCCGACUAUUCUUUUUCCAUUAAAUUUUUGGAUUUAGUGAUGAUUCUACGAACAUCCAAUAGGGACCCCAUGGAGAAGGAUACAUUGAUGUGGGUGAGGCUAGGAACAGAACACCAAUCAAAGUUUAUCCCAAAACUCUAUAUAACUAAACUAGUGUUCCCUUCAAGUCCUCCGCCCACAGCCACCACCGUAAGCUCCCUCGUGUGUGAGUGAUAUAAUAUUGAUUAUUUUAGCCAUGUUAGAAGGGAAAGCAAUCAUCGGAGAAACGGAUAUGCUGGAGGCCAUGCAACAAGACGCUUUGAACCUUGCAUCUAAGGCACUUGACAGUUUUGAUGUCACUGAAGCCACUGACAUCGCCCGUUUCAUUAAAAAGGAAUUUGACAGGACAUAUGGGGGAGGAUGGCAAUGCAUAGUGGGGACAGAUUUUGGAUCAUUUGUGACACACUGUUUUGGAUGCUUCAUUUACUUUUGUGUUGGAAGUCUUGCAGUUUUGCUCUUUAGAGGUUCUGCUGCCUCUCAAGAACAACAAUUAGUACCUGACCCAUCAACUCAUCACUUUUCUCUUAUCGACACUCUCAAACCAUGAUUACUAUAUUACACUUUUCUUUCUUGAUUUCUGAUCUCUUCUCUUAUAUCAUCAUCUCAUAUCCCCAAAUUUUUAUCUUAUAAUUAGUAUGUGCUAUAUGUAUCAAAGUGCUUUUUUAAAUGCUUAAAUCACUUUUAAUUUUCUUCUCAA